UAACGCCAACGGGCUAACGCCCAAAACUACCCGGUACCCGACUACCCGCCAAAACACAAAACACUGUGAAUGAAACACUUGUUGACUUGUUUCGACUUGUUUUUGUUUUGUUGACCAUCGAACCGGUUACUCGGUUACUGUUUACUGUUAAUCAAGAAAGAAGCAAGAUCAAAGAAUACACUAAUCAAGAUUGUUUAAGAUGAGUGGAAGAAAGAAUACGCUAAUAAAGCAUGGAACCGACACAGUUGAAUAUUUAGAUUACAUUCCUGUAGUUAGUAAGCGUGGAAAUGUAGUUUCUAGUAAUCCAGAGAAGUUUAUCAAGGUAAAUAUUCCCAAAAAGUCGUGCAGACAAUGGUAUUUGGGAGAAAUAUUAAUGGGAUCUAUUAAUAGCACAUUCCCUGGCCGUUUAAAACCAGUAAAAGUAUCUUUCAAGUUCAAAGAUGAUAGUCCUGAGGAAGAGGGUCUGUUCGACAAGAUUAAAGUAUUAUUUGAUUCUGAUCCUGUAAUUGUUACAAAUUACACCAAUAAUGCAAGCUUUAUUAAAGAGGUAAUGAGUUUGACAAAGACAUUGUCAUUUGAUUUUUCAUGUAGAGGUGAUAAUUUGUUCCUGAGAAUAUAUUUUACUCAACUACCACUGCCACAGUUUUACCCAAAGAUAGGAAACUGCCUGAAAGAUCUUUUUAUACAGCUUUUUGGACAAAUUUGUUCCAAUACAUAUGAUAAUUUUGAAAAUACUUCCAAAAAAUUCCGUGGCAAGUCAGAGAUACAGAACUUGUAUGAUAAAUUAAAAGAAAAAAGGAAGACUGAUAAAUUUGAUUAUAAUGUUGAGGAAAAUGUGCAGCAUCACAAUUUAAAAUCUAAGUUGAAGCCUUAUCAACAAGAGUCAGUGAAGUGGAUGCUAUAUCGAGAAAGAAUGGAGGAUAGUAAAACAGAUUUCUUGGACCCAUUUUACAUCCUAAUCAAAUUAACAUCAAAUAACGAGAUAUAUUUUAACAAGUACACAGGAUUUGUAUGUAAUGAAAAGCCAAUAACUACUCUCUCUACUAAAGUUGGCAUUCUGGGUGAUGAAAUGGGUCUAGGAAAGGCUGUAGAGGUUCUAUCAUGUAUUUUACUCAAUCCCAAAAUUGAACCAAAAGAAGAUAAAAAUGAUCAUUCGAGAAAACGUAAGAGUUUCAUUGACGAAUCUAAUGAUCCCAUUAUCAAAAUUCCACAAAAGAAAUCUAAACAGAUACAGGAACCUAAGAAACCAUCGUAUGUUAUAAAACCAAGGGAGGUACAGGUAAUAAAACCAAGGGAGGUACAAGUAACAAAAUCAAAGGAGGUAAAAGGCAAAACCAUUCAUUCCAAACGAUUUGAAAAUGUUGAUAGAAUAUCUGUUCGGUGUGUUUGUAGAGAAAACGGUGUGUCAGAGGAAACAGCUAUUAAAUGCACAAGUUGUAAUAUAUAUCAACACCCCAAAUGCUUGGGAUACACAAAAUCUUUAGGGAGGUAUUUUUGUCCACAAUGCUGGAUCAACCAGCCACUUAUAGAGUCCAAAGCUACUCUAAUAGUAACUCCUGUAGCUUUGAAAAACCAGUGGUGCAACGAAAUUGCCAAAUAUGUUAAAGGAAACUUGAGAGUUCUGCAGUAUCAAGGACACAGUGUUAACCCUGUUUACCCCACUGAGCUAAAAGAGUACGACAUUGUUUUAACCACUUACAGUAUGCUUCAGCACGAAUUAAAACCAGAGGCCAAUACUUUAAGACAGGGAAAAAAGUCCUUUAAACCUUGUUGUCCAUUGACAAGGAUCAAAUGGUGGAGGCUUUGCCUGGAUGAGGCGCAAACUGUCGACACUCCUGACCAUCUGGUGUCUGUGAUGGCUAGGAAAAUUGAAGCUGUUCAUCGCUGGGCGGUGACUGGAACGCCCAUUUCAAAGAACGUAUCAGAUUUAUACUGCUUAAUAGAUUGCUUACAAAUAUCUCCUUAUAACGAUAUUGCUACAUGGCAGAAGAUCUUAUACCAACCAUAUUUAGUGGGCAACGAAGAACCGUUGUUGAAUUUUUUAUCAACGAUCCUGUGGAGAACUGUGAAGAAAGAUGUAGCGGAUCAAGCCGACAUACCGAAACAAACCUACUUGCACCACACGCUGGACUUUUGUGCGAUGGAAAAGUAUUUUUACAAGAAGCAACUCAAACUCAGUGGCCACGUUUUGGAAAAAAGAUGUAGUCCCUACAAUCCUGCUAUAUGUCUCGAUAAUUUGGCCAAGCAAAAUAUAUUUGGACAGGCUCUAGAAAAUAUAUUAGAACCAGUAUUAGACUUAAGACGGAUGUGUGUUAUUAUGACAUCGUCUAAAAUGAAGGCAUUUAAAUAUGUACUGAAUACGCGAAUUUCCGAUAACUUUAACGAUAUGAGAGAUUGUUUCCAACUAAUUAUUUCGAAAUAUAACGGUUUAGCUGGUAUCCAUUUACUGCUGAAAAAUCCACAAGAAGCUAUAAAUGCGUACAGAGAAGUGUUACGGCUGGUCGCUAAAUUUCCCGACGAAGAUUUUCCGGGUACGAUGGGAUUUUGCCGGGAACUUUCCUCGGAUAAAUUACAAGUUAUCCACACGUUGUAUAAUCUCGCAGAAGUGUUAGAUAUGUAUCCACCGGAGCAUCCUACCUUGCGAGACACCAGUUUACGAAAUGAUUGCGAGGAGUGGGAGCAGAAAUAUUUGCGGGAGCGCAUAGAUUAUCCGUCGAACUGGUUGUUUGAUUAUUAUACAGAGACUAUGGACCGGUUACAGAAACAGUUUUUGCUCAAAGAUGGUCAGUGGUAUUCGGAUGGUUUAGACUGGAUAGUUCUGAAUGGUCUUUCCAAAGAAUUUCAUGCCAAAAUAGAUACAGCAUGCAAAGCAGCGAACAUUGAAAACAAGACAAGAGACGUCAGAGACUGGACUCUCCUUCGACUCCUAUGCAAUUGGGAAAAUGCUCUGUAUACCUUGAGGAAGGAAGUGUUCGCCGCCGUUGCCGAUCUCUACGAGAACGCACCACACAACAGAUUUAAAGUUGUCAUUAAGAAGUCUGUGGUGACCAAGGCGAUGAACUGUCACUUGCGGCCCCAGGAAAAACGAGAAAAAUCGACGAAGAAAUGUCCGACGUGUCUCUUUAACAAGUGUUUGGAGAAAUACGAGUUAACAUUGUGUUAUUAUAGAGAGUGCGGAUACAACGAACAUGUGUAUGACUGGAAGCCGACGCCGACGCUCCCAGAAAUCGUCAUGCAAUCAUUACACAGCAUCCUAAAACUACAUAAGGCGGAUAAAAAAUUAAUUCAAGAUGGCGAAAUACAAAGUAAUAUUAUUAAAACCUUGAAACAGGAGUAUAGGGAACUGUACUCUUUCUGGGAUGACUUAAAAAUGCAGGUUUGGGAUCUUUAUCAAUUUAACAUGUGCAAAGUGCGGUUGCAGCUCAAACCCGAAGAAGAAGAAGAAAAGGAGGAAAUUAACAAUACCUUGAAUAGCUUAACCUACAAAUUACAGAGCAAAGGCAAAACCAGACAUUUACUUAGCGUUCACGAGCUAGAUCACCAGUUGAAAUUACAUCAAACCGAUAUUAGUGAGAAAACAAGAAAGUUUGAGAAGCUUUGGGCUGAGCACAUUGAUCUAAACAAGCAACUUUCUGAAGGCCGUGGUCCAUAUCCUUGCCCUAUUUGUCACAAUCAACUGGAACUACAUUGGUGUGCCUUAUCCUGUGGACAUUACUAUUGUUUCGAGUGUAUAGAAGUGAUGUUACAGCAGGUUGCAGAAGACUUUAUAGAAUGUUCUGUAUGCAGAGAUAGACAGUUGCAUAAAGUCUCAUACAUUGACGCCAGAGAAACAGUUACAGACUGCCCUAAAAUAGAAAAAUACAUUUACUCCACGAAGAUAUCACAAAUAGUGAAAGUGUUAAUGGAAUUGAAGAAAGAAGAUAAAGGCGUCAAAGUAUUGCUUUUUUCGUCGUGGGAAGACGUUUUAGAUGUUGUAAAGAAAGAGUUAGAUAAGAACGAGAUUUCGUCUGAAUUGGCACUGCCUGAUAACGUUAACGUCAAAAUUAGAAAUUUUAAGAAUCCUGCCAAGAAUGUCACAGUCCUUCUUCUACCAGUAGAGUUGGAAUUGAAAGAUAUAAAUUUAUCCGAAGCUAAUCACAUUAUGUUCGCGGAACCUCUUAUGAAUCCUGAGGAUGAACUACAAGCGAUUGGUAGAAUUGACCGAAUAGGACAAAAAAGAGACACCUUCAUCCACAAGUUCCUGAUGAAAAACACCAUAGAAGAAGAUAUACAUCAGGCGACAACAUCAAAUGCUCAAAAAUGGGGAAAAAAAGUUGUGACCAUUCAACGACUGUUAGAUUUGUUUAAGGUGCCGGAGUUGGCUGAUCGUCCUGAAGAAGAGACUUAAUAUAUGAGAAAGAAGAGGUGAUUAAACGAGUUUUUCUUGCAAGAGACCCUUGGAUGAAAACUAGUUUCCUAUAGAUUGCGAUUUACAUUGUUCAUGGUAGACUUGAACCUAUCAGUAUUAUAUGCUCUGUUUUUCUUGUUAA